ACACCACAAUCUCCUUUCUCGAGUUCUUCUUCACAAACACGGUUUAGUCUCGCGUGACUUUUAUUUUUAUUUUUCAAUAUAUGCAAAAAAUUUUCGUUUUAAUUUUCGAGAACUUGCUAGACUCAAAAUCGAAUCUCGUAUGGCUUUUCACGUCGCCUGCCCAAUUACUUGCCGGCGAAUCUGUUUCUGCUCGCUAGGGUUUCCUCGGAAGCUGCAGAGCGAGAAUGGCAAGAAUGAGUUUUUGGAGGAGGUGGCUAGGGUUGAGGUGUUUCUGAACGACCCGUGGUUGCUUAGGGUUCGAGAAAGGGACACCGUACAGGUUGCCGUUCCUAAGGUCGUUGCACCGCAACCGCCGGCAGGAGCCGGGGAUGGAGGUGGUGUCGUCGGCGGCGCCGGAGGCGAUGCAGAGGAGUUGUUGUCCGCUCAGACCAAGCGUGCCGCGAUGCAGAAGAAGGCAGCUACCAAAUCCUUGGUCGCCGAGGAUUAUGCGCGGCAGUUCGAGUCCGGUGCUUUGGUGGAUGCUUCUAAAGAUCUUCUUGGAGAAGAACGAGGUCAGUCUAGUGUCAAAGUAAUGUGCCGGCUUUGCUUUUCUGGUGAAAAUGAAGGAAGUGAGAAAGCAACGAAGAUGCUGUCAUGCAAAAGUUGUAGCAAAAAAUAUCACAGAAGCUGCCUGAAAUCCUGGGCUCAACACAGAGAUCUAUUUCACUGGAGUUCAUGGACCUGUCCCUCUUGCCGAAUUUGUGAGGUCUGCCGAAGAACUGGAGAUCCAAAUAAGUUCAUGUUCUGCAGAAGAUGUGAUGCCGCAUACCAUUGUUACUGUCAGCAUCCUCCACACAAGAACGUUAGCAGUGGACCUUAUUUGUGCCCUAAACAUACGAGGUGUCACAGCUGUGGAUCUGCUGUGCCAGGAAAUGGUUUAAGCACAAGGUGGUUUCUAGGAUAUACCUGCUGUGAUGCUUGUGGAAGAUUAUUUGUGAAAGGAAACUACUGUCCUGUUUGUUUGAAGGUCUAUAGGGACUCUGAACCAACACCUAUGGUUUGCUGUGAUGUUUGUCAACGUUGGGUGCACUGCCAUUGCGAUGACAUCAGCGAUGAAAAAUAUCAGCAGUUCCAAGUAGAUGGAAAUCUUCAAUACAGAUGUGCCACAUGCCGUGGAGAGUGCUAUGAGGUUAGAGAUCUUGAGGAUGCUGUUCAGGAACUUUGGAGGAGGAGAGACGAAGUUGAUCGAGAUUUAAUUGCAAGCUUGAGGGCAGCUUCUGGAUUGCCUAUUCAAGAAGAAAUAUUUUCUAUUUCACCUUACUCAGAUGAAGAAGAAAAUGGCCCUAUUUUAUUGAAGAAUGAUUAUGGUCGUUCCUUAAAGUUUUCUCUCAAAGGUUUAGUUGAUAAAUCACCAAAGAAUACUAAGGAGUAUGGAAAGAAACCUUCAAAUAAGAAGGGCACUAAGAAGAAAGGAUAUCAGGCGUCUUUAAUCAGUAAAACAGAAGCACGUCACAGUUUUGUAGGACAUAGUGAUGCCCAAUCAUUUGGAUACAGCAUGGGUGAUGGCAGGAAUAGUGUUAUGCAGUCCCAUAGAAGCGGAGAACCUUUUUCUUCUCCCGCUGCUGGAAGUUUGACUGAAGAGAUAUGCUCUGUCAAUCAGGCGGUGGUCCUAAAACAGAAGUUCAUAGAUGAAGUUGCAGUUAGUAACGAUAAUUGGAAAUCGAAAAUGGUUCAGAGUAAUAAACCUCAUGACUUGGAUGGUAGGGACGACAUUGGGAAAAAUGCUACCAAGGGAAGGACGCUGGUUAUACAUCUAGCAGGGCGAAAUAGAAAUGCAAAUAGUUCUCCAGGGUCUGAUGGUUUAACUUAUCAAAGAGAGCAUGAUUUGACAACUUUUAAUGGCAGUGAGAAUACGGGACAACAGCAAAUGAGUGACAGGCAUAUGUUGGGGAGACAUGGCGCUACAGCAAAACUUGGUGAAGGUGAAGUGGAUAAAGAUAAUUACUCCGAACAAUUAAAGGGUACCAAAUUCAGAGGAAGAGAAGGCAACUUGAUGACGAUCAGAAAAAUUAAACCCGAAGCUUCUGACAUGGAACGUAAUUUUGGUGGAGGAAAUGUGACUAAUGGAUAUGAAUCCAUUCAUCCUGUGAACCCACAUGUUCCCUGGGGGAAAAUUACUGAAGGAAGCAUGGCUGUGGUAGGGAAUGUAGCCAAAGUCCCUGCGAUUAGAGGUAACAAGGUAUCUUUGAGGAAGUAUUCCGAAGGUAGGCGUGAUGUAUCUGGUGAUUGCGUUAAUGAUAAUAGUUCUGCAUCUGCAUCUGCAUCUGCAGUCGCACAAUCUUUGCCAAAGGAUUCCAAACCUUUGCUGAAGCUUAAAUUCAAGAAUCCUUAUCAUGAAAAUCAAGGUUCCUGGGCUCUUCGGGGUGAGGAUGAGAGGAGUUCUAUUAAGGGCCAAAGGUCAAAGAGAAAAAGACCAUCACCCUUCACGGAGAAAACAUCAGCCAAUGAAGAUGAGGAUAUCUCACAGUGGCACAAACAAAGUACGAUGGAUGAGAUCAUGGAUGCUAAUUGGGUGCUGCAGAAGUUGGGCAAAGAUGCCGUAGGAAAGAGAGUGGAAGUUCAUCAGCCAUCUGACAAUUCCUGGCAUAGGGGAAUGGUAACAGAUGUAAUAGAAGGCACAUCGACUCUUUCUGUUGCUCUCGAUAAUGGAAGGGCUAGGAACUUGGAUCUCGGGAAGCAAAGAAUCCGAUUUGUUCCUCAGAAGCAAAAGCGGUAAAAUGCAUGAAGUGUGAAUUUCUCUUUGUGGAUGAUCAUGUACCCUAUGGAGGAGACUUCCGAUCCAGGUGUAGAGACCUCACAAGAAAAAUCAAUCAAGAAUAUGGGCGAUCAUUUCAAUUUGGAGAUGUCUUCCAUUCCAUAGGCAUCAAGGGCAAGAAAUGGGAACGUUGCUUGCUCGGAUUGCUGCAGUCUUUUAUCACGAGCUAAUUUUGGCCCAACCAGGUUUCACUCGAAGGCAGGAGUCCCAUUUCUCUUCUAUUGUUCUUCCAUUAUUUUUAGCUGUACAUUUGGAGUCUUAACUGUCCAUAGGCUUUAGUGUUGUUUUUCCCCCUCUUAAUUCCAUGUUUGGGGCAUCUGCUGUAACUGAGCAGUGAUAGACCUGCUCCAAAAUAUGUUAGCUCAUAAACUGUAGGCUAUGGGUAUACAUAGCAACCUUCAUGUAUAGCAUAGCAUAUCGAUUUGAGAUUCGAGAUUUGUUGAAAUUUGUCAAAAGUACUGAACAUUCUGUCACUUUUGUUUCUUAUAGUGCAAAAAUGGAGGGAUCGUGUUUGGUUCA